GGUCGUUUGGUUGUCCACCUUCCAUUUUAUACGCGCUCUCUCUCUCUCUCUCUCUCGCAUCACAUCAGAGAUAGAGAAAGAGAUGUACGCUUUUGUUCGUCUCCGAAAGUAAAGAAACUCCAACUUCUCCUUGGUGUCUCUGUUUUGAAAUCUGAACAGACAACUGGGUUUUGCUCGGAAUUUGGUUUAGUUAAUUACUUGACAUGGAAGCCUGUAUGGAUUUCAUGAAUUGGCUUGACCUGGACAUGUCAGAGAAACUUCUGAUGCAUUUGAAGGACCCAUCUGAUCUUGCCCGUGUUAGUUCUGUGUCACGGUCUUUGCGAGAUUUCGUAAUUGCAAAUGGCCUUUUUAAGCAGUUGUGCUUGAGAAUGUUUCCUCAGUUAUCUAAAGUUGCUCAUGUUAUGGAACUGAACAACUGUGGAGUGAAAGAGCCUGUAGAAGUUGGCUCCAGCCAUUCAAUGGAAUGGGAAUCUUUGGCAAGGGAUCAUAGGGUCUAUGCUACUUUAGCUCGAGUUUGUACAUCAUUUUCUCUUCGGGAUUGCAUUUCAGAGGCAAUUAGUGCUUCUAGCACUGAUAAUUAUCCAGCUGAAACUAUUGAUAAUACUCUGCUACCAGCAGGUAUUGUUUCACGGAGAGCAUACUGGUCGAGUAAAGGGCAAAGUAAUCCUGCGGUGCCUGAGACACUAACAUACAAGCUAGUGUCUGAGUUUUGUGUUAUUACUGAAAUAUAUAUACGCCCAUUCAAAGCUUACUUUCAGCGUGGUUCACCUAUAUAUUCUGCCAAAUCUGUGAGAUUUCGAAUGGGUCAUCCAAAAAGCCCUAAUGAUUUAGGGAGUCAUCUUCUGUGUGACUCAUUGCCUUCUGCUGAUGACACUUUCAUAUGGACCUACACUUCACCAGAAUUUCCAAUGGCUCAGGAAAGUUGCUUGCAGAAGUUUAGGCUUCCAGAACCUGUUCUUUGCAUUGGUGGAAUUUUGCAGAUUGAACUGCUGGGUAGGGUUCAGACUCAAGAAAUGGAUGGCUUAUUCUAUAUAUGCAUUUCUCAUGUUCAUGUUGUGGGGCGUUGCUUAUCUCCAGCAUUUGUUGUAGAAAAUAUUCAGCCAUCCGGGACGUUUGUCUUGAAGAAAGACAUGCGGUACAAGUUUCAUACACAACAAAGUUCACCUGAUAACGAGGCCCAAGAAAUCUCUGAUGAUCAAUUGCAAAGACGUUUCAGAUAUUUGCGAAACUAUUUGCGAAACCUAAAUGUAAUAGAAAUUGAAGAAUAUGAAGGCGAAGAGGAAGAUGUAGUAGAAAUUGAAGAAUAUGAAUCAGGUGAAGAAGAAUAUGAAUCAGGUGAAGAGGAAGAUGUAGAAAUUGAAGAAUACGAAUCGGGUGAAGAGGAAGAUGAAGCAUAGGAAGAAUAUCAUCUCUGAAUGUGUUAUAUCUUAUAUUAGUUAUAUCCAAUCUGUCCCUCCCAACAUCUCCCCCUAUCCAAAAAAAAAUGUUUUGGAAUUAAUGUUCUAUUUGUUCUGAAGUAAAAUGUUUUCAUUGUGUAAUUGAAAAUGUUAUAGAAAUCA